AUGAAGUUUCCUACAAUCGUGCUCGCGCUGUCCAGCCUUGCUUCAGCCCAGUUUCCUGGGGGUGGUGGAAAUGGCAUGUGGGGUGGAAGGGGUGGAAUGGGUGGUACAUGGGACUUUGCUCCUUCAUGUGCUCAAUCGUGUUUCUCUUCCGCUUAUUCCACAUGGAGUGCUUGGUCAGGACAGUGUACCAGCACGGCAGCAGUAGCAAGCUGCGUCUCCUCGGCGUGUCCAAGCGCCUCAUAUUCCACCCUCUCAAACUUGCAGUCCUCUUUAUGCUCUGCGUAUUCAGGCUGCGCGACAAACACCGCAACUUGCACAGGCGGGUGGGGCCCAUGGGGAGGUCCUGCAGGGUGGGGAGGAAGUGGAUGGGGCGGCAUUGGACCUAACGGAUGGUAUACGCUCACUGCUACGGGCGGCCAGACGGGCUUGACCACAACGACAGUCACUGUGACCACAACUGUAGUGGAGUCUGGGGUUACUAACACGAAACUUAUAACAUCGUUGCAAACGGGAACUUUUGUUGCUGCUCAGGUCGCUGCUUCAACUUCGACUACUGGUUCACACAAUGCUGCUCCAACGCUUGGAUCGAAACAGAGCGUCGAGGCUUUGGUUAUCGUAGGAAUGGUGGUGAUGGUUGCAUUGUAA